GGGGGUGAAUGAGAUUGACGAAGAGUUCUUGUUCUGUAUCUCAGUUUUUCUCUUUAUACUCAAAUUAAAUAGUGGGAAAAUUUAUCGGGAAAAUCACAUCAUAUGCAAUGGAGUGUAUUUGGAUAUUAAGUGGAUAAAUACACGCUCUGGGCGUUUUUCGGUGAAGAAGUACUACGGUGUUUGUAAAUAUUUAUUUAAAUAAUUUGUGUGAGAAGAGCAGGGUUGGCUGCUGCUCAAGUGAGUAAAAGAGGAGGCUGCCACCCCCUCAAUGCAAAAUUGGAUGGUGUUCAAAACUGAAGACUGUGUGAAGGCUGAAAGCUGUCCAGGACUGAGCUUCCGACAGAAGGGCUCAAUGAUGGAAUUACAGACCCUCCAAGAGUCCCUGAAAGCGGAUAUACAAGUUCAUCAGAAACUAGUGUCCCAGAUGAAACAGGAUCCACAGAAUGCUGAUUUGAAGAAGCAGCUCCAUGAACGUCAAGCCAAGAUCACAGCGCUGAGUGAGCAGCAGAAGAAGGUGGUGGAGCAGCUGAGGAAAGAGCUGCUGGUUAAACAGGAUCAUCUGGAGGUCCAGGCCCAUCAGCAGCCCCAGCACCCAGUGCAGCCUGAUGGGAAGGCCUCUGCCCUGCCUAACCUCCACACCCCACCCUCCCUGCCCUCGCCUGACAAACUGAGCACGCCACAGAUCACGAUGACGAUCACCCCGGUCAUCGCCACUAAGACUCUACCUCUGGUACUGAAAGCUGCCACCGCUACCAUGCCUGCUUCUGCCGUGACGCCGCGACCCUCCGUCGCCAAGGUCACAGCCAUCAGCAACACGCCCAAGGCCAGCAUAGGUCACCCUGACUCACUGAGUUCACCUAUCAACCUUCAGACAUCCAGCAAGUUGACCAAUCAGGGAAUGGAGCCAGUUCGGAUAGUCUCCAAGAACACUGUUGUUGUGCAGGCCACCGCCCAGCCUAUCAAAGUUCCUCAGUUUAUCCCUCCACCUAGACUGAUGCCCCGACCUACCUUUGUACCGCAGGUCCGACCAAACCCAGCCACACCUACACCCACUCCCACGGUGCCCAUCGCCCCUGCGCCCCCUCCUCCCAUGCUGGCUGCCCCUCAGCUCCUCCAGCGGCCUGUCAUGUUGACCACCAAGCUGACCUCCACCUCACUGGCCUCCACCACCGGGCCCAUCCACCAGGUACGCGUUGUAAACGGCCAGCCCUGCGCCAGCAUUACCAAGACCCUGCCCUCUGCCCAGCUGACUGGCAUCGUCAUCACCUCGCCAGCCACCAUUACGGCCACCACCCCCCUGGCAACUCAUCAGACCCUUCAGAUCAGAAGCCUCAGCCCUGACACCAAGACUGUUAAAGCUCGGGGUGUUACCGAGCCGAAGGCAUCGGCCAGUGCGCCCUCCUCCCCCUCACACGCCACUAGAGGCACCCCUCCACCCCUGCUGAGGAACAAAAGAGAGGACAACCCCCAGAAACUAGCCUUCAUGGUGUCCUUGGGACUUGUGACAUAUGACCAUCUGGAAGAGAUCCAGAGUCGGAGGCAGGAGCGCAAGAGGAGAACGACAGCAAACCCGGUAUACAGUGGAGCAGUGUUUGAGCCGGAGCGUAAGAAGAACGGCGUCACAUACCUGAACACUCCUCUACACCAAGGCACCAGGAAGAGAGGUCGCCCACCCAAAUACAGCAGUGUUCCUGAGCUGGGUCUUCACACCCCAACAUCCCCCACCAGCAGUCAUUCCGCCUCCCCGGCCCACCACCGGCCAGAGAGGGGGGGCUCUCACUUCCCCGUCCACCCCCACACCCUCCCUCUGCCUAGCCCCAACUCCGGGGAUGGAGACAUCCAUGAGGACUUCUGCACUGUGUGCAGGCGCAGUGGUCAGUUGCUCAUGUGUGACACAUGUGCACGUGUUUACCAUCUGGACUGCCUCGCUCCACCUUUGAAAACCAUUCCCAGGGGCAUGUGGAUCUGCCCCAAAUGUCACGACCAGAUUUUGAUGAAAGAUGAGGCAAUCCCAUGGCCUGGAACCCUCGCUAUCGUUCAUUCCUACAUUGCAUAUAAAGCAGCUAAAGAGGAGGAGAAGCAGAAACUGGUGAAGUGGAGCUUGGAACUGAAGCAGGACAGAGAACAGCUAGAACAAAGGGUCAAACAGCUGAGCCAAUCCAUAACAAAAUGCAUGGAGAACAAGAACACUAUCCUGGCCCGUCAGAGGGACAUGCACAACUCCCUGGAGAAGGUCAAAGGCCUGGUGCGUCUCAUUCAGGGCAUCAACUUCUGCCCAUCCCCCGAGGUCUCGCCGCCAGCGGUCCAGACCAACAUGUCAAAUGGAGGAACAGACGGUGCCAGUGCUGACCACACGGACGACACAAGUCCUGAGGAGCACAAGAACAUGACUGACAGUAGCGGUGACGAACUGAACAACAACACAGACGAGGCGACCGAGGAGGAAGGGAAGGAAGAGGACGUUAAAGAGAUGGACAACCUCAACAGCAGCAGCCUUGGCAAAACCUUAGAGCCUCCCCAGACUAUAGCACCGGCCCUUGUGGAUGUAGCAGAGGGAGCCAAAUAACACCCACCCACCAAGUCCAGGGACAGGAACCCCCAAAGAGAGGGAAAGAAAAAGAUAAAGCACCCCAUGAAGUUGCCAAUCGAUUAACACACACCGACAUAUAUAUAUAUAUAUAU